GCUAUCAACAUGUCUGGCCGUGGCAAAGGAGGAAAAGUUAAGGGAAAGGCAAAGUCCCGCUCGAACCGUGCCGGUCUGCAGUUCCCAGUUGGCCGUAUCCAUCGUCUGCUACGCAAAGGCAACUAUGCCGAGCGCGUCGGUGCUGGUGCACCAGUGUAUUUGGCUGCCGUAAUGGAAUAUUUGGCCGCUGAAGUGCUCGAGUUGGCAGGAAACGCUGCCCGAGACAACAAGAAAACGCGCAUCAUCCCGCGUCAUCUGCAGCUGGCCAUCCGCAACGACGAGGAAUUGAACAAGCUGUUGUCCGGCGUCACCAUUGCUCAGGGUGGUGUGUUGCCGAACAUCCAAGCCGUGCUGCUGCCGAAGAAGACCGAGAAGAAGGCCUAAGCCUAUCGCGAAAUCAGCUUCUUUCAAUCUUCCGCCAAAAACCGUCCUUUUCAGGGCGACAAAUCAUUUCGCUAAAGAUUUCAUUUGACCAUUUCUGCUGAGCCCACUGCCAACGCAUUCUCAUACCGCAGGUAAAUCCAAUAAAGUGAGAAAUGCAGGAAAAUCCUUAACACGCACUCCAAAGUCAAAAGAGUUCAAAGACUCUAGCAGCGGCAAAUCGUAGUGAAAAAUGUUCAUAUUUUAAACCUGUGCCGUAUGUGAACUCCCACAUUAUUGUAAGGAGCAAUGGAUGAAACGUUAAAAAUAGAGUCGUCUACCUGUUUUUUCACCUGGGACGAACCUAUGAGCAAGAGAUAAUUUACAUCGAUCGUAAGGGAAUAUGGAUACCUGCCUUAUGUAGGUAGCAUCCAUGGCCUUGAACCGAUGUUUUUUUAAAUGAUUUUUUUUAAUACAAUUCGUAAACCGUUAUUCUGGAAUGCACCGAGCCCAUUGCAUUCCAAUGUAUGCGAAACCAUCUCAAAACACAUUCGUCAUCAACAGCAGCAGCAACAGCAUCAGAAACAAUCCAUACGAAAGAAACAUUAUUUACUCUUACCUGUUUCAGUACGCGGCAUGCACUUCUCUCCUUUCGGUUGCUCCCUCGAUGAACCAAUUUUACUGUUAUUCGGGUUUUUUUUCCGAACGAUGCUCACUGAUCACGAUAGAAACGCAAACUUGAACUUUCACCACGAUCCUUUUGACAAUCUUGUGUAUACACGAACUCAUGCACUUUCCUUCCGAAUCCAUGCAGCUCGAUCACUAAACUUCACUCACUAGUUUGUUCACUACUCACAUUCCAAUUGCACUGAAGUUUACCUCGAUCACGAUUUCGGAUCGCUGUCCCUGUCCACCGUCGAUGCCCGGUUUCGUACCGCUGCAGCCGCUCCAUAUUAUAAUAAAAAGAAGCAGCAGCAGCAGCAACAACAACUAUUUAAAUAUAGGAGCGCAUUUUUUUCUUCCCGGCCGACGGGAUUCACUGCACGCACUCCUCGCCCCCUUUUUCUGGGGAACGCAUCGGAAACGCACCGGAAACGUACUUUCAGUCCACUCACAUUUCUUUUCUUCCCGGCCGACGGGAUUCACUACACGCACUCCUCGCCCCCUCUCCCGGUGAACGCACCGGAAACGCACUUUCUACACACGCUCUGUUCAGGGACACUAAAAUAGUAGGAAAAAAUAUGAUCCUACAUGCAUUUCAUGCCACAGUGAAAAAAAUCACGGUAAGCGACGCCAAAAGUGUGGGCGGCGCAGUUUAAGCUUUUCACUGCACACUACACACACCACUUCACUGUAAAUUACUAAAACGCACACGCACACACACACACACGGACUAGUGAGCUCCACUAAACGCGGAAGAACCGGACCGAUCGACUGUACGAAGUAGACUGAACUCCGUUCGGUUCCUUGCAUAAUGAAAUACUAAUAUUGGAGUGAGAGUCGUGUCAGAGUUCGUGUCCUCUCUCUCUCGGUAUUAAGUAUCCCGAACACACAUACCUAGAUAAAAUGAUUGCCAGACUACUAGAAACGUUUUACCUAACGAAUUUUGCCACUCUUUUAAUGUUUUAUGCUUUUGCGUGUGCAAAUAUCAAUGUUCAAACCGUGCAAGGAACAAAACAUAUUUGUUGUAUAUAUGAGCAAAUUAAGUUACAUGCGCAUGAUUAUUCGAUAAGAAAAAAAACACGAUAAAUUUUAAUAAAUUUUGAAAGGUCAAAACCGAAAAUCUUUCCGAAAUCGUUUGUGGUAGCCUUAAGAAAGACUGAUUUUAUGUUACGCUUUAUGUUUAGCGUAAGAAACAGCAACGAAUUUGCAAAGUUUUGAAAUCGGGAGGGCACAAAUUUUAACAUGCCUUAAAACGGACACCCAAGCGCGGACGAAAUGUGCCUUCCAUUGUCCUUCUCUCCAGCUACGAAAUUAGUGCGAAUUUUCACUAAGGAAUUGCAUCUCGCUCUAACUUACGCGCUCUCUUUCGUUGCGUUGGUGUGUGAGUACACUUGCACUUAACGGUAUUUCUCAUCGGGUGAAAUUAUA